CGACUUUUUCUCUCUUAGAUCCAACCAACUUCCGCGUCCUUAUCUUUAACCUCGUUGUUGUCUUUUUUUUUUUUUUUCUUUUUCUAAAAGAAAUUAAAUUCCUCUCUCGUUUAUUUACUUUCUAAAAUAAAAUAUUUAUUCAAUCAAAUUUAAUAUACCCAAUAAUAAAUAAUAUAAUAGAGAAGGUGGGCAAAGUGAUCCAAUAAGCUUCUUUCAAUCUCCAAUCCUAGCCUAGCAACAGAAGCAAGGCUAUCAAAAUUUCUUUUCUAUCUUUAUUAUCAUCAACAGACGAUGGAAGAGUUCAAAUCGGCUUCAGCUUCACAAUCCCAUAUCAAUGAGGAUAGUUCUUUCAAGCAUUCCUCAAAAAAUGAUAGCACUAUUGAGGGCUCAGGGAGUCCAAGAAAUCGGAAGGUAACAGCCAGAUGGGAUCCAGUUGAAGCUUGCAGACCUAUUAUUGAUGAAGCACCAGUAUUUUAUCCAACUAUUGAGGAAUUUGGGGAUACACUUGGUUACAUAUCAAAGAUACGUGCAAAAGCAGAGUCAUUUGGUAUAUGCCGAAUUGUCCCUCCAGCUUCAUGGAGGCCACCUUGCCGCCUUAAGGAGAAAGAUAUAUGGGAAAGUGCUAAAUUUUCUACACGAAUUCAGCAAGUUGACUUGCUUCAAAACAGGGAGCCCAUGAGAAAGAAAUUCCGAAGCCGGAAACGAAAAAGGAGGAGGCAUUCAAAAAUGAGCAUGACUAGGAGGUGUGCUAAUUCUUGUUCAGAAGCAAAAGCUGCUUCUGAGACUGAUGAAAAAUUUGGGUUCCAAUCAGGAUCUGACUUCACACUUGAAGAAUUUCAGAAAUAUGCUGAUCAUUUCAAAAAGUGUUAUUUUCAAAUGACGGAUUCUGUGGAGGAUGUUAAGCCUGGUGGGAUUGAACACCAGAAAUUAGAACCUUCUGUGGAGGAGAUAGAGGGUGAAUACUGGCGGAUUAUUGAACAACCAACAGAUGAGGUUGAGGUAUACUAUGGAGCUGAUCUGGAAACAGGAAGAUUUGGAAGUGGCUUUCCUAAGGCUUCUUCCAUGAUAAUUGAAGGUGAUUCAGAAUCUGAUCAGUAUGUCAAUUCUGGUUGGAAUCUAAACAACUUCCCACGCCUGCAAGGUUCUGUGCUAUGUUUUGAAGCAAGUGAUAUCUCAGGAGUUCUGGUGCCAUGGCUGUAUGUUGGAAUGUGCUUCUCAUCAUUUUGUUGGCAUGUUGAGGAUCACCACCUUUAUUCACUAAACUAUUUGCACUGGGGUGAUCCAAAGAUAUGGUAUGGAGUACCUGGAAGCCAUGCUUCCAAUUUGGAGGAUGCAAUGAGAAAGCAUUUACCUGAUUUGUUUGAAGAACAGCCUGAUUUGCUUCAUGAACUGGUGACUCAACUAUCUCCUUCAGUUUUAAAAGCUGAGGGUGUACCAGUGUACCAAGUUGUCCAGCACUCUGGGGAGUUUGUUCUUACCUUUCCUAGGGCAUACCACUCUGGUUUUAAUUGUGGCUUCAACUGUGCAGAAGCAGUGAAUGUAGCCCCUGUUGAUUGGUUAGCACAUGGGCAACAUGCGGUUGAGCUCUACAGUAAGCAGCAUCGUAAGACUUCUAUAUCCCAUGACAAGCUGUUACUUGGAUCAGCUCAGAAAGCGGUCCAGGCCCUUUGGGAGCUACUAGUUCUUGGAAAAGAAACUCCUGAAAAUUUGAGGUGGAGAAGUGUCUGUGGGAAGGAUGGGCUGCUUACCCAAGCAGUUAAGACAAGGGUACAGAUGGAGGAGGAAAGACUACGGAAUCUUCCAACUCGUCUAAAAUUGCAAAAGAUGGAAAAGGAGUUUGAUUUGUGUAGUGAGAGAGAAUGUUUCACUUGCUUCUAUGACUUGUAUUUGUCUGCUGCCAGCUGCAAGUGCUCCCCUGAACAAUUUGCAUGUCUUACACAUGCAAACCGUUUUUGUUCCUGUGAAACAAAUGACAAAUAUGUUCUUCUCCGUUACACUAUGGAUGAAUUAAAAACAGUAGUUGAAGCAUUGGAGGGAAGAUUAGAUGCUGUAAAAGUGUGGGCAUCUAAGGAGCCUAAAUUGGAUUCUGAUGGUGACAAUGGUGCUCAUGUAUGUAAGCUGGAUCAGAAGAGAGAGUCAUUCCAAACCAGCUAUUCUGAGCAGAAGGAAAGUCCAUCUUGUUCCCCAAAAGCAGAAGAAACAUUGGGCACCAAUAUCUCUUGCUGUUCAAAUAGUCAAGUUUCUUCAGAAGUAAUCCAAUCUGAUAGCCAUGACAAUGUCUUUAAAAAUGAAGCAUUGAUCCUGAAGAAUGCUUCUAAGGUGAAGCAAGAGAGGUGCAUUGAUUUAAAUCUUGAUUUUAUGUCUGUUGAUCAUGGAAGUGAUUUUCUCUAUUCAUCUGAUAGCUCCUACAAUAAAGUUGUCUCAGAUAUGGAAACAAAUAUGUCAGUUGGUAAGCAAGAGAAAGCUAGCAAUUCUGAUGCAGCAAAAGAGUCAGUUGUAUCACAACUUGGCAGUGAUUGUAAUUCAUCAGAAUUGCAUGAAUUUUCAAAUAAAGAUAAUAAUUCAGAUAAAAUGCUUCUUGGGGAUACUUGUGCAUUUAGCAAGAAGUUGUUUGGGGUUGAUCUUUCAGUUCCGCAUUCAGAUGCAAUGGUGCCAUCAGGGAACUUUAAAACCAAAAUAGUCAACAUCUCAGAUGUUGGACCAUCUAUGGCUCAUCAAAACAAUCCAGUGAAUAAUUUGGGUUUUUUUGUUGAACCUCUAAAUUUUGGAUGUGUCAUGUUUGGAAAGCUUUGGUGCAGUAGGCAUGCCAUAUUCCCGAAAGGUUUUAAAAGCAGAGUUAAGUUCUUCAGUGUGCUUGAUCCAAGAAAACUUUGUAGCUAUAUUUCAGAAAUAGUGGAUGCUGGACUCCUUGGCCCUCUUUUUAAGGUAUCUUUAGAAGAAUGCCCAAGUGAAACAUUUACAAAUGUUUCAGUAGAAAAGUGCUGGGAAAUGGUGCUGCAACGACUGAAUGAGGAAAUUAUACAACAAAACAGCAUAGGAGAAAGAGGACUGCAGCCUUUGCUGAGUGUUAAUGGGCUUGAAAUGUUUGGGUUUCUUUCUUCACCAAUUGUUCAGGCUAUUGAGGCUCUUGAUCCCAAUCAUCAGUGUAGAGAGUACUGGAAUAAUAGGCUUUCGAAUUUGAGCACUACAAGUGAUUUCAAGAAGUCCCCAUUUGGACUGAGUUGCAAUCUCAUAGACAAUCCAGCUAUAGGAGGUCAUCAUUCAAGUGAAGAAGAGGUGCAGCAUGUGCUGCAAGGAUUAUUCAAGAAGGCAAGUGCUGAAGAAUUACAAAUAAUGCAUAGGAUAUUCUGCAGCGACGCACAAAGUGCUGAAUGGAGAGCUGCAUUCACAACAUUGAAGGAGGAGAUUAACAGAACAAGUAGGCAAUAAAAGAUGAGAUUAGGUUCCAUCAUUCUUUCUCAUUCAGGGCUGCUUUAUUCAGUCCCUUCAUUUUUUUUUCUCACUCGAGUAGCUUGGCUUAAUUUUCUCACUUAUUAGGCUCAUUCUUUACAAGAUUCAUAACAGGGCAGAGAUCCUGGGCAGGAGUUGUGCACAAAUAUUUGCAAGGUGCCCACUCAUUACAAAGAUAUAAAAAAAUGAUUUCUGCUGCAUUUAACUGAUCAAAGAAAAAGGUUAGAUCUAUACAUUAGAACAUUUUACUAACAUUUAUGAAAAUACAAGUUAGUUUUCGUCCA